GUUUUUCGUGAUUUCCAUGCUCCUCACAAGUGUAUUUGCCGUCACGACAUCGACAUCUGAGGUGCCGCAAGAUCCGGCCGCGCCUUCGGGGCGGCCGAAGAUCGCCCUGCGCGGUGCCAAGGUGGGCACGACGCCGGGCCCGCCGUUGCCGUCCCAGGCCUCCGAGGCCUCAGAGGAGAUUUCUCCUCGGACGAAGGAUGAAGGGGGGCCUGCACUUACGAUCGUCUUGAUCGUCUUCAUCGUCGUCGGAGCCGCACUGACGGCUCUGAUGUUGGCCAAAGUCUGCGCACAUCGAAGGCGCAGCGACAGUGAGCUGCCCCUUGUGAUGACGGAUCAGGAGUAUGAGCGCUACGAGAUGGAGAUGGAACUCAUGCGUCGGCCCCGGCAGAGCAUCGAAGUUCCUCGAGAGGAAAAACCCAAAGAGGUGUGGCGAGGAGGCGGGCUCAAUUUAGAGGAGCUCCCAUGGGGAUGA